AUGAUUGUAACUGUUAUUUGCCUCAGCAUCGCGGUUCUUGGACUGGCCUUUGGUCAAACUCCUGAACAAGUCCAAAGUCUUUUCCGCAAUCUUUUAUCAGGUUAUGACAGAAAAGUUCGACCAAUUGCAGACCAAUCGUUCCCGGUGGUUUUGGAUGUCAGCUUUAAUCUUAGAAGUAUCAUCAGAGUUGAUGAAGUGAACGAGAAGCUUGAAACCUCGGGAUAUUUAUCAGUACUGUGGGAGGACGCGAUGCUUACAUGGGACCCUGAAACUAACGGCGGAAUUGAAAGAAUUUUUUUACCCCAGAGUACCAUUUGGAUACCAGAUCUGGUACUCGGUAAUGGAUUUAAAAAGUUUGAAGAGUUUGGAGGAAGCUUUUAUUUUGUAGACAUUUUGAGCUCAGGAUAUGUAUUAUGGCAGCCUUUCGAAGUAUUUGAAAGUCACUGCGCCAUCGAUACAACUUACUUUCCGUACGAUAAGGAAGUCUGCGGGAUUGAAUUCCGUAUUUGGAGUUCGACCGUUCAUACUGUAGAUAUUCGCAUAUCUUCUGAAGGAGUCGAUCUUUACGGUUACAAGGAAAGUGGCGUUUGGAAAAUAACACAUACAGAAGCUAAAGUAGGUGAAGACACGGAGGGAUCUAAGGUCACAUUUUAUCUCCAUAUGGAGAGGAAGCCUCUAUACUAUGUACUCAAUAUUAUAGUUCCUAUCUUGUUUCUCGGAUUUCUCACAAUUCUUGUUUUCGUUUUACCCGUUGACAGCGGGGAAAAGAUGUCCUAUGCGAUGACUGUCUUUCUCUCGUUUGCCGUUUUCCUCACCAUCAUCAAUACCCAACUACCCGUUAGUUCAGACAGUACCUCUGUUUUAAGUUUUUAUAUUUUACUUCAGAUGUCGAUGGGCGUAUUGAUUUUGGUAAUCACGGCCUUGCAAAUUCGUCUGCACCACAGGGAUGCAGCUGUUCCAAUAUCCACAGCAUUUGUAAUAUUGGUGAAGUUCAAAAAAUGCAUGACGUGCUCAAAAUCUUUUCCAUUAUCCAAAAACGCCGUUGGAUCUCUGACGACUUUAGAUGACCAAGCAAGUAAUAACCUAGAAACAAGUUGCAAAAAAUGGCCAGAGAAAAAAGUUGAAUGGAAGGAUGUUACAGCUGCUUUAGAUUUCUUUGCUUUCCACUUCUUCCUGAUUGUGUAUGUUAUUUUAACGUUCAUUUUAUUUCUUUUAAUAGCAUAUUAAUGCUGAUAUUAUUCUGUUUGAAGAAAAACCAUUGGAUCUCAAAUGGAAUUUAAUUUUCAGUGAAAACAAUAAUACAUAUUAGUAUAUGUUACAUUCUAAAUAUUAUUUAA